AAAGCCUUCGUAUUAUAAUAAAAUUUUCGUUGUUGAAGUGUGCAACGGUUCGGUGCUGCGCGUAUAAUAGCUGUUUUUAAAUUUUUUUGUUUUUUCCUUUAUAAUAAUAAUAAUAAUAUAAAAUUAAUAUUUAUACAUAUAUAUGAAUGUGUAAAUAUGUGUAUAGCAGUUUGGUGAAUUUGAUGUAAACAGCCAACAGUUUUGUGAUUUUAUACCAAAAAUUUACAAAUAUAUAUGUAUAUAUAUGAUAUGUAUAAGUAAAAUCGAAGCAUUCAAAAUGUGCCAACAAGUUUUGUCUACAAAACUGAAAUAAUAAAACGAAACAACAACAACAACAAAACAAGUGCAUUUGUGCCAGUCUUCACUUAUGCCAAUAUGUGCAAAGUUGAACUGGGGCGAGAGGUAUACGUUAAAGUUGUCAUAUAUAAUAUAAAACAAGUUAUGGGCCAAUUAUCCAGUCAUCACGACAAAAGAAACAAUGAGAAUCGCUUGUCGACCGCCACACAUUUCAGCAAUCGCAGUCAUUCCAUACGAAAAUCGAAGGUGCAUAACAACAGCCAUUCCCAGUUGGAACCAACAGCGGAGGAAUCCUCACUGCUGCGCGUUGGCAAUCCACGCCUUAAGGGACUCGCCAAUGGGCGACCGGUAACGAUCAGUGAGAUUGGCAAGCGCAUAGAUUUAAAUACCAGUGAUAUAUUCAGUAGCAGUAAAGACAAAGACACGAGCAGCGUUGGUGAUGGCGUUGGUGUUGGUAUUGGUGGCAUUGGCAGCGGUGCUGAUGGCGAUGACACAUGGUCCAACAGCAACUUGUUGACGACAGCACCUGCAACGGCGGCAACACCGAACGCCACAACACCAACACCAUCCACAGAUAAUAUCAGUGGCACUGCUGGCAGUGGCAGUGUUACGGUUACGGAUGGCAGCACCACAUCUAAGAACAAGACGACAUCGGAACAUUUAACCAUCGGCGAUAGAUAUCACAAAACAAACAAUUGUUAUUAUCGCAGUCCGAAUGGAAAUUUCCAUAAAUUGCCGUCAGAUUCCUACCACAAAAUGACGGAUGGCUGUUAUGUGCGUGCCGCGGAUGGUACAUUUCGUCGCAUUGAGCCGCCAUGCAGUAGUAGCAUCACCAAUGGCGGUGGCGGUUCGAAUGGUGGCAAAUUGCAUCAGCGUGGCGAUGCUAGCGGCAGUUCGACGCGUUUAAAAAAUCAUAUGUUACGUUUUCUGCGACGUUCCAAGAGUCAUACACCCGCUACACUCAAGGAAUUGGAGAAGGAACGAGGGAAAGCCGAUAAGGAAGGCUUGAAAUCGAAACGUGGACAUAAAGCACGCUAUCCAUCCACCAUACAAGAGAAUUGCCCCACACUACCAACGGGUAGUGGUGGUAAAACACCAAGCGGUAGCAAUAUAACGGCCGGUAGUCGUAACAAUAAGGUUGUCGUAACGAUGAUGGAAGGUGGCGGUUUGCCAAUAAUAGCUACCAGUAAAGCGGAACGUUCCAAAAAUAAAGAUUCCACAACAUCGAAUACGGCUGAUGGAACGCGCAGUGGGCGUUCAAGGAUGUUUCAGCUACCCACCCUAAUUCCUAAAACUACUUUUAAGCGAAUGCAAACACAGAAAAAAAAAAACAAAAUUAUUUGUUAUUUACAUACAAAAAUAUUGUUGAAUGAAAUCAGUAUUAGCUACAUAUACAUAUAAUUUCGCAUGUAUGAUAGUGCUAUGCAUUUUCCGUUACGUGCAAACUAAACAGUUUUGCAAAAAACAAACAAAAUAAAUAAUACAAAAAUUAAAAAAAAAAUUACAAAUUUUAAAAAUUUCAAAAAUUAAAAAUUUCAAAAAUUUCAAAAUAUUUUAAAAAUUAGAAAAAUUUCAAAUAUUAAAAUUUUUAAAAAUUUCAAAUAUUAAAAAUUUUAAAAAUUAAAUUAAUUAAAAGAACAUGCUUGGCGCUACGAAAGCGAAAUUUGCACAAAAAAAAUGUUUAUGAUUAGUUAGUAUAAACUCUGCAACACAAUGGAUCUUUGUAGCAGCUUCUGUAUAAAUCAGUAGACUUUCCCGAUUUAAAAUACAAAUAUGUGGCAAUAAAUAGAUUAAAAUUUUUUUUUUCAUUGUUAGAUAACUGAAAUGUCGCAUUUUCAAUCAAAGCAAAAUGUCAACAGACUCGGCUCAGUUAUUUUAAACUUGCCGACACUUUUUAACAAUCUGACUAAUAAUUUGUGAUGUACACUACAAACUUCGUUAACUUCUUAGUAAUUUUUAACUACUUUCAACAGUCCCCAAAGACUCAACUUUUAUAAACGUUGACUCUAAUCAACGACUACAUUUUGAUUUUUUAACAAUUAUGUCACUUAGUCACAGCACCAAAAAAGUUUUGUUAAAAAGUGUACUCAACAGUCACUGUUUGCCAGGGUUUGCAACAAAUUGAUGAUUAAUAUGUGUUGUGAGUCAUUAGUUUUGCACAAAAACAAAAACAAAACAAAUUUUAAACAAAAUAACUUUUUUUUUGUCAAAUAUAUUAUUUGCUUUACGAACAUAGCUACAUUGCUUUUGAAUUUUUUUGCCUCGAAACUUUCUGUGCAAUUUUUUUUGUCCACUGAAAGUUCGUAAUUUCAAGUUCGACUGUAUAAAUUAAAAUUUUCAGAAAUUAAUAACUCACAUUUAAAGUCUACAUAGAUCUAUUGUGUUGCUCACACACACAUAUACAUGCAUACGGUAUAAGCAUAUACAUAUGUAUCUGUAGUGGAAUUGGUAGAUUGCGCGUUAUUUCCUUUAAAGAUUGAUUAAAAAAUUUUAUAAAGCAUUUAUUUAUCAAUGUACCGUGCUAGAUAUUGAACAAUUGCACACGUGAGAUAAUGAAGUGACACGCAUAUUAAAGUCAUUCGUCAAUUGCUAUUUUCUUUUAAUAUGAAAAUUUUUAUUUUUUAAAACGCAAGCGGUAAAUAUUAAUUUGCUAAUUUUAAAUUAAACGUAUUUGUGCAUUCAGCAAGUAUUAAAAAAGCAUUUGUCUAAUAGCAUACUAACUUCGCAAUUUGUUUGUAUUUUUUUUAAUUAAUUUUUAUUUAUUUUUUUUUUAUUUUUUUUGUCGUUUUAAUAUUCCAUACAGCAUAAACUAUUUUAACAAACACCCACAGAUACGUACAUAUACGCUUUUGUAUGUAUAUGUGCUAAAUAUAAGCUACUUCUUAAGUCUGUCUUUAUGCUAUUUAGUUAGUAAGGUUGUAUGCACCGCCUUACAGCUAGCUUUUGUAAGUACGUACUUUAAAUGUGCAGAUCUUGAGUAAUAAGCGAAAUUAACUCAAUAUAUAUACAUAUUUUCCCAUUCACACACUGCAUGAUAACAAUUAAAUUUUUGCUGAAUUUUUUUAUUUUUAUUUUUUUGUGUGCCAAAUAUAAAAAUAUAGUAAUAAUAAUAAUAAAUUAACAAAAAACGUGAAACACACAAUCAGCAAAACACUCGUGUGUUGUAAAAACAUUAUCUCUAAACAAUAAUAAAAUGGCUGCUAGUCCGUUAGUAUAUAAGGAACUUGAAAUACGUCAUUCGCGUAAAUGCUGACAUACAAACAAACAUACUUAAAUGAUUAUUCACAUGUUUGAAACGUUUCCUAUCUUCGAUUUCAACUUGUUUCUAUUUUUGUGCUAUUUACAUAUUCAUAUCUGGGACUUGUCGAACAAAUUACUUUUAGUAUUUAUUUUUUUUUUAUGCUCGCGCGUGUCUCCAAAACUUGAUUCUACUCAAACCGUAUACCCACACAUUUUCACUAUAUAUCUUUAUAUAUAUUACAUCUAGUAUAGCUAGUGCUUAGAAUAGCGCUCACGCACGCACGAUUUACUAUUUAAAUUUAAAUACAAAUGUGAGCGUUUAGAAUAUAUAAAAUUAACAGCUGAUUUUUGUUUAUGCCAUAAGUCAGUGUUGCCACUUAUUCAAUGCGAUUUAUGUUUACAUUUAUAAGUAAAAAGUUUGUAUAAGCUACAAUUUUGAGUAGAUGUUUUUAAAAUCACCAACAACAAAGUAGCAAACAAUGCAAUAGUGCAAUAUAAUGUGUGGUCACGUGAAAAACGGAAAGUAAACGACCUUGAAUAGAAAUUUUCCGUGUUAUUUUAUGUAUAACGUAAGUAAAUGCAAACGUAUGUGCUUACGCAUACAUAAAUAAGUAUUUGACGGAAUUGCUAACUAGGACAGCGUUGUUCUAAUUGCAUAAAUUUUUAGUUUUCUAAAUAUAAUUAUAUUUUGAAGCAUUCAUUGGUUUAUGUCAGGCGUUUAUUUUUACUUUACAACAUUUUUUUUUUUGACGUAGUCAAAUGAUUUUAGCUUUGAUUUAUUAAAAACAAUGUACAUGUGUAUAUCGUUUUUGUAUUGUUUAAUAUAGGUUAGGUUGAAUUGCAAACAUCGAAACUCAUAAUAAAAAUAAUACUGCUGUGUUGUACAAAUAUAUAAUUUAAUUAGGAACUAUUAGGUCUACAACUUUGCCGUUUUCCAAUAGAUGUCUCUAGGGUCAAGCACUGGUCGAUUAAAUCGAUUUUUUUUAUAUCGAUCUUGGACAUUUGUGUCAACAUUAAC